GCUGGCAGCAUUUGGCUGAGACGCGGGACGAGAGAGGCACCUAACGCCGGACCAGGCGAUGAUCUGAGAGACCCCCUCGGCCUCCUCCUCCCUCGGAGACCCGCGACACAGAGGACCCCGCCUCCCCUCCCCUUCUACUCACGACCCCCCCCCUUCCGCCUCUUCUCCUCCCCCGCGCUCGCUUGGCCCGGGCUGCAGCCACCUCGGGGGUGGCGCGGCGCCAGUCACCCAGCAGCGAUGAGUGGCUCCUUGGAUCGCAAGCUCAGCAGCAUCCUCACGGACAUCUCCAGCUCACUCAGCUGCCAUGCUGGCUCCAAGGACUCCCCCACUUUACCGGAGUCUUCCGUCACGGACCUGGGCUACUACAGUGCUCCACAGCACGACUAUUACACGGGUCAACCUUAUGGGCAGGCGGUGAAUCCCUACGCCUACCACCAUCAGUUCAAUCUUAAUGGGCUUGCAGGCACUGGCGCCUACUCGCCCAAAUCGGAAUACACCUAUGGAGCCUCCUAUCGGCAAUAUGGGGCUUACCGGGAGCAGCCGCUGCCAGCCCAGGAUCCAGUGUCGGUGAAGGAGGAGCCGGAGCCGGAGGUCCGAAUGGUGAAUGGGAAGCCCAAGAAGGUCAGGAAGCCUCGAACCAUCUACUCUAGCUACCAGCUGGCGGCCUUACAGCGCCGCUUCCAGAAGGCCCAGUACCUGGCACUGCCGGAGAGGGCCGAGUUGGCUGCCCAGCUGGGCCUCACCCAGACCCAAGUAAAAAUCUGGUUCCAGAACCGUAGGUCCAAGUUUAAGAAGCUUUACAAAAAUGGGGAGGUACCCCUGGAGCAUAGUCCCAACAACAGCGAUUCCAUGGCUUGCAACUCUCCCCCCUCUCCAGCCCUCUGGGACACCUCUUCCCACAGCACCUCGGCCCCAGCCCGGAGCCAGCUACCCCCACCGCUCCCCUAUAGCGCCUCCCCCAGCUACCUGGACGACCCCACCAAUUCCUGGUAUCACACUCAGAACCUGAGCGGACCUCACUUACAGCAACCCCCUCCACCUGCCACCCUGCAUCACACUUCUCCUGGCCCCCCACCUAAUAGUGGGGCUGUGUACUGAGGGGGAACCCCUGUUCUGGGAUUCUGGGGGAACCCAGACUCCCCACCCACUACCAACGAAGGACAACCCAGGACUGAGCCAGAGGAGCAUCCGUCAUGGCCGAUACUCAGGAAUCAGCGAGGAGUGGAAGGGGUAGGGAGAGGCCCCCCAAUCUCCCUAGGCUAUCCCCUUUCUUCAGAGAUCUGGGUUCUUCCUGAACAACUUUAUAGAAACCCAGGAUUUCCCACACUCUGUUCCCUGCUGCCCCUGCCACGCUGUACCUGGCCUCCCAGAUGCUGAGGCUUGUUGUACUCAGCUGGGACAGUGUCUUCCCUGGACGAAUCUGGACAGGCUUUGGGAGGUUCCUGUCUUGUAAGAUUUGAUACUUGCCUCAGUUCUCUGGACUAGAGACUUUGGGGAUGGAAGGCGGGAAGGGCAAGGUAGAGAGUGCUUGGAGGUAUUGGCAAAGCUGGUUGGGAGAUUCUGGCUCAUAGUCAGACCUUGCUCCUCCCUACCAGCCCUUGGAAAGACCAUUUAAUGAAUUCCCUUGGUAAGAAGGCUAGAAGGAAUGGGUGGAGGCUCUUUCUGUCCCCUGUCCUGGUUCUCCACCUCCUUCAAACCCCAUAUUAGAAUUGGGGGUUAAACCAAAGAAAAAACCCAGAGUGGGGAAAAGACUGAUUAUUUGUGGCCUUAAAGAAGGGAACCUGCGGAGUGGUUCUUUUUCUUCUCUAGGACCCCAGACUCCUUCUCUGCUAGGGGUUCUUAAAUAGACUUCCCCAGGACUAUGUUUCUCGUUCAGUGUACAGAACUUUGCACAACUUUGGUCUAAAAGCUGUUGAAAAAUAGAAAACGAAGGGCAUUGUUAAGAAAUAGGACCAAACUCCCCUCUUAGGCAUCUUCACCUUCUCCUCCCACAUUCCUACUUCAUCUCUCCCUCCUCCAGUAAGUUGGUGAUUUUUUAGCCCCCAAACCUCAAGUCAUGAAGAAAACCAGCCACCAAGAAAAAGUAACCACCAUCCCCUUUUGGGUGUCGGAGGAAACAAAUUUCUCCCGGCUAGACUGGGUUGGAAAAAGCUCAGUAAAAGGGAAGAGAAGGGGGAUGGGAUGGGAGGAUGGCUCAGUUCCUUCCUCUUGGGCUAGGGGUACCUUGGGACUCUACGUCCUCCCCCCAGGGACCUCAAAAGCCAUCUCUCCUCCUACUCUUAUUGUGGUAAAACACCAAAGAAAGGGGGGAACCCAAAUACUGUAGAGAUGUAUAUGUACAUACAUAUACAUAUAUAAUAUUUUUUUAAGAGAAAGAAGCCACCUCCUCCCUGCCGUGGUUUCCUAUUUAUGUGACUAUUCCCUCCUGUACAGAUCUUGCUGUGUGUAGAACUGAGAGAACGGGGUUGUUGGCUCCUGGUGGAUUUUGGCUUGGUCGGAGCAGGGAUGGGUGGGUAGGCUAGGAGAUAUGUGAGUCUUUGGGAAUCCCACCCCAGGAGACAGCAUGGCCCUGGCCAGCUUCCCCUUCACUCCCCCUACCAUACUAUACUCCUUUUUCUUUGUGCUUUCUUACUGGACCCAUCUUUAUAUCUGAUAUUAAUAAAAAAAAAUUGAA